UUUAAUUGCACUCUUGAGCCUUGUUUUUGCCACUGCGGUGCGCCUCAGGGCCUGCAGGUGGAGCGCUGCCUCUCUUUUUCCCCGCAGCGCGCAUGCGCGGACUUCAGAGGCGGGACAAAUAUAUUGCCUCAGGACCUGCAGAGGGAGCUCCGCCUCCCUGUUCCUCGCAGCGCGCAUGCGCGGCCCCACGCAAGGCAAAGAAAAUACAUUUCCCAGAAGGCAAGUGCCGCACUUAAAAGGGUGAAGCGGCGCAAGGCGUGCUGGGAGGCGUAGUCCCGGCCAGGGAAAAGCCUUUAAAGAGGCCCACGGUGGGCCGCGCAGAGGAGCCGCCAUGCCGCUGGCGAAGCGUCAGACCCCGCCGGCCUCGUCGUCGUCGUCCUCCCUCUCGUCCUCAUCGUCCUCAUCGUCCUCCUCCUCCGGAAUAGACAGCCAGCGGCGAGCCCUGCCCAUCUUCCAGGCCCGAGGGGCGUUGCUAGGGCAACUGCGGAGCCUCGAGUCCGCCAUCUUGAUCGGAGAGACAGGCUCCGGGAAGACCACGCAGAUCCCGCAAUAUCUCUACGAAGGAGGCAUCGGGCGCCAGGGCAUCGUGGCCGUCACCCAGCCCCGACGCGUGGCCGCCAUCUCCCUGGCCUCCCGCGUGGCCGACGAGAAGAAGACCGAGCUGGGAAAGCUGGUGGGCUACAGCGUGCGCUUUGAGGAGCUCUGCUCGGAGGAGACCAAGAUCAAGUUCCUGACGGACGGGAUGCUGCUGCGGGAGGCGCUGGGGGACCCCCUGCUGCACAAGUACAGUGUGGUGGUACUGGACGAGGCCCACGAGCGCAGCCUGCCCACCGAGGUGCUCUUCGGGGUGGCCAAGGGGGCCCAGCGCAGGCGCAAGGAGGCCGGCAAGGCCCCCCUCAAGGUGAUUGUGAUGUCAGCCACCAUGGACGUGGACCUCUUCUCCCAGUACUUCAAUGGGGCGCCCGUCCUCUACCUGGAGGGCCGGCAGCAUCCCAUCCAGAUCUUCUACGCGAAGCAACCGCAGAGCGAUUACCUCCAAGCCGCGCUGGUCACCAUCUUCCAGAUCCGUCAGGAAGCCCCAGCGUCUCAGGAUAUCUUGGUGUUUCUGACCGGCCAGGAGGAGAUUGAGGCCAUGACCAAGACCUGCCGCGACAUCGCCAAGCACCUGCCGGACGGGACCCCCCAGAUGGUGGCCAUGCCCCUCUACGCCUCCCUGCCGUACUCCCAGCAGAUGCGCGUCUUCCAGGCCGCCCCCAAGGGCUACCGCAAAGUGAUCCUCUCCACCAACAUUGCCGAGACGUCCAUCACCAUCCCCGGCAUCAAAUACGUUGUGGAUACCGGGAUGGUGAAAGCCAAGCGGUACACUCCAGAAAGCGGCCUGGAAGUGCUGGCGGUCCAGCGGAUCUCCAAGGCGCAGGCCUGGCAACGGGCCGGACGGGCCGGGAGGGAGGACAGUGGGCUUUGCUACCGCCUUUACACCGAGGAGGAGUUUGAGAAGUUUGAGAAGAUGACUGUGCCGGAGAUCCAAAGGUGCAACCUGGCCAGCGUCGUGCUCCAUUUAUUAGCCCUGAGGGUCCCCAACGUCCUCACCUUUGACUUCAUGUCGAAACCCUCUCCAGAGGCCCUGCAGUCGGCGGCCGAACACUUGGUGCUGCUGGGCGCCGUGGACCGGAAGGACGAGCAGCUGCUCCUGACUCCGCUGGGAAGGAAGAUGGCCGCCUUCCCGCUGGAGCCCAAAUUCGCCAAAACGCUCCUGACGGCGCCGCGCUUCCACUGCACGGAGGAGGCGCUGACGGUGGUCUCGCUGCUCUCGGUGGACAGCGUCCUGCACAACCCGCCCUCGCGCCGGGAGGAGGCCCAGGCCGCCCGCAGGAAGUUCCUCUCCAGCGAAGGAGACCUCCUCACCCUCCUCAACGUCUACCGGGCCUUCAAGAGUGUCAGCGGGAACCGGGAAUGGUGCAAGGAGAACUUUGUCAACAGCCGGAAUAUGAUGCUGGUCUCCGACGUCCGAGCACAGCUGAGGGAUAUUUGCAUCAAGCUCUCAGUCCCGCUGGAGUCAUGCCGCUCGGACACGUCAGCCCUGCGCCGCUGCCUGGCGCACAGCCUGUUCCUGCAGUCGGCAGAGCUGCAGCCGGACGGCUCGUACGCGGCCAGCGAGGCCCGGCAGCCGGCGGCCAUCCACCCCUCCUCCGCCCUCUUCCACUCCCGCCCCGCCUGCCUCGUCUACACUGAACUGCUCCACACCAGCAAGUGCUACAUGCGCGGACUCUGCCCCGUCGACCCCGAAUGGCUCUUCGACGCCGCGCCCGAAUACUUCCGCCGGAGGCUGCGGGCCCCCAAGAGCUGAGCCUGUCCUGGCAUCAUCGCACGACACAGGCAUUCGGGUUUGCUAGCAAAGCAGAGGCUAAACCACCAUCCAUCCAUCCGUCAUCCACCUAUCAGCCAUCAAUCUGUAGCCCAGAGUUCUCCAAACGUUGGGGGACACAUUUUGAGACUUGCUUCAUUGCGCAACACGGGCAUUCGGGUUUGCUAGGAAAGUGGAGACUAAACCACCAUCCAUCCAUCAUCCACCAUCCAUCUGUAACCCAGAGCUCUCCAAAUGUUGGGAGACACAUUUUGAGACUCGCAUCAUUGCACAACACGGGCAUUCGGGAUUGCUAGAAAGUGGAGGCUAAACCACCAUCCAUCCAUUCGUCAUCCAUCCGUAACCCAGAGCUCUCCAAAUAUUGGGAAACACACUUUGAGACUCACUUCAUUGUGCGACACAGACAUUUGGGUUUGCUAGCAAAGCGGAGGCUAAACCACCAUCCAUCCAUUCGUCAUCCAUCCAUAACCCAGAGCUCUCCAAACAUUGGGGGACACACUUUGAGACUCACUUCAUCGCGCGACACGGGCAUUCAGGUUUCCCAGCAAAGCGGAGGCUAAACCACCAUCCAUCCAUCCAUCAUCCAUCUGUAACCCAGAGCUCUCCCAAUGUUGGGAGACACACUUUGAGACUCGCUUCAUCUCGCAACACAGACAUUCAGUCUUACUAGAAGACAAGGUUACAGCUCCAUCUUUCCUCCACCCAUCAAUCAUAGGGGUUUAGGGGAAUGGACCUUGAUUUUGGGAGUUGUAGUUCACCUGCAUCCAGAAAGUACUGAACCCAGUUGACGACAGAUUUGUACCAAACUUGACACACAGACCCAACUGUGCAUACAGGCCUGGUUUGGGAGUGAUUGACAUCAGAUCUGGGAGUUGUAGUUCACCCUUAUCCAGAGAGCACUGAACGCAACCAACGACGGAUCUGGACCAAAGUUAAGUGAUGUUAUCUUACACCCCAAAACAAACAAGGCUUUCUUCUAAUAACUGUAUUAUUAUAUAAUAUAUAUUACAGUAUAUGUGUAUAUGUGGAGGAGGUGUCCACAUACACAUUUUUCACUUUUAUUCUGUGUUUGGAUUAUGUGUAUAGAUAGAUAGAGGUCGAUUUAGACAGAUAUAUAUUUCUCUAACCGCUCUAUUAAUAGGAAGCCAGCUCAUGGUUCUGGGCACUGCAGGCGACACGCAAUCCGCCCGUAUCCGUUCACUGACCUGCAGGCCAAUCCUGAAAUGAAAUAUAGCUGUUGGGAUCUGCUUGGGAAUGUAUGUAUGAAAUAACACCAUUCGUUUGGGUUGCUGUGAGUUUUCCAGACUAUAUGGGCAUGUCCCAGAAGCAUUCUCGCCUGUUGUGAUUCAUUACAACAUUCAGAUUUGCCUCCCGACAAAAACCGGAACAGUAAAUAAAGAAUAACACUCUGAAAAUGGGAA